AUGUCAAAUAAAAGUAAAAAUAAUGAAAAUUAUACGAUUAUUAUUGACUCAAAAGAUUUGAAACAGAAACAAGUAAUAAAAGAAGAUGAAACAUUGACUGCUGAACGACGUCCAAAAAAUGACGACGAGCUAUUUUCUGAGUGGUUGAUGCUAAAUGAACGGCCAAUCAUAGAGGACGGCGACCUUGCUACUCCUAUUCAAAAGCAAAACUUUUCGUUAAAAGUACCUGAUUCAAUUAUCAUGCCAACAAAUACUAUUUCAUCAACCGACAGUAAAUAUCUGGCUUUAGAUUGUGAAAUGGUUGGCAUUGGUGAAAGGGGCAUAGAAUCAGCGCUCGCUCGGGUGAGCAUAGUUGAUUUCGAGUGCAAUCGCGUUUUAGAUGAGUAUGUAAAACCUGAACAACCUAUUACGGAUUAUCGUACAGAAUAUAGUGGAAUUACCAAAGACUCGCUGAUAAAUGCGAGCUCGCUAAAAGAUGUGCAAGGAAAAGUCUCCGAGAUUAUCAAAGACAAAAUUGUCGUUGGUCAUUCUAUCCAUUUAGAUUUUAGUGCAUUACAACUCCCCCAUCUACCCGAAUUGACGCGUGAUAUAUCCAUUUACGGAGGCAUUCGAAAUAAGCUUCCAAAAAACAAGGUACCGUCUUUGAAAACGCUAGCAAAAAAAUUUCUCGAUAUAGACAUUCAAUCUGGUGAACAUGACUCUAUUGAAGACGCCACAGCAACAAUGAAUAUAUACAAACACUUUCAAGCGAAAUGGGAGAAAGACAUAGAAAAUUACGGAUUUCAAGCGACGAUUUAUGAAACUCCAAAGUGUUUCGAUUGUAACUCAAUACUGCAUUUUAGAAGCAAUUGUCCCUAUAAUAGUUUAAACUAA